CGACGAGGCUCAUGAAGAAAGACGACGCAGCCACAGCCGGACCAGGGCAGAAGGGAGGGAGCCCGGGGCGCUGGAGCGGGACCCAGAGCUCCCGCGGCCACCCCCUCCCUGGGCUGGGUCAUGCGCUGCCCCAAGUGCCUUCUCUGCCUGUCAGCACUGCUCACGCUCCUGGGCCUCAAAGUGUACAUCGAGUGGACAUCAGAGUCUCGGCUGAGCAAGGCCUAUCUGGGACCCCAGGGCACCCUGCCAGGCCCCACACCAGCCCCUGAGCCCACCCUGCCGGCUAACCUCUCAGCCCGUCUGGGCCAGACUGGCCCACUGCCCUUGGCUUACUGGAACCAGCAGCAGUGGCGGCUGGGGGCCCUGCCCAGUGGGAAUAGCACUGAGGUGGGAGACUGCCGGGCUUGGGGGGCUGCCGCUGCUGCUGAGAUCCCCGAUUUCACCUCCUACCCUGAAGACCUCCGCCGCUUCUUGUUGUCAGCAGCCUGCCGGAGCUUCCCUCGGUGGCUCCCUGGAGGUGGCAGUGGCCACGUGCCCAGCUGUGGGGAAACCUACCUGCUGCUGGCUGUCAAGUCAGAACCGGGGCGCUUUGCUGAGAGACAGGCUGUGAGGGAGACCUGGGGUGGUCCGACUCCUGGAAUCCGGCUGCUCUUCCUCCUGGGGUCCCCAGUGGGUGAGGGGGGUCCUCACCUAGGCCCUCUGGUGGCCUGGGAGAGCCAUCGCUACAGUGACCUGCUGGUCUGGGACUUCUUGGACGUUCCCUUCAACGAGACACUCAAGGACCUGCUGCUGCUGUCGUGGCUUGGCCACCACUGCGCCAGUGUGCGCUUCGUCCUGCAAGCUCAGGAUGACGCCUUCGUGCACACCCCAGCCCUGCUGGACUACCUGCGGGCCCUGCCACCCCGCUGGGCCCGAGGCCUCUACAUGGGGGAGGUCUUUACCCAGGCCAAGCCCCUCCGGAAGCCUGGAGGACCCUUCUACGUACCCGGGUCUUUCUUUGAAGGCAACUACCCGGCCUAUGCCAGUGGGGGUGGCUAUAUCAUCGCUGGGCACCUGGUACCCUGGCUGCUGCGGGCGGCAGCCCGUGUGGCACCAUUCCCCUUCAAUGACGUCUACAUUGGCCUGUGCUUCCAAGCCCUGGGCCUGGCACCCAGGGCCCACAAAGGCUUCCUCACAACCUGGCCAACAGACCGCCCGGCUGACCCCUGCAUUCUCCGUGACCUGCUACUGGUGCGACCCCUUAGGCCCCAGGACAGCAUUUGGCUCUGGAAACACCUGCAGGACCCUCAGCUGCAAUGCUGAGCCUCAAUGGGGUCCGGAGGGGAGGGCUGACCUGGCUUGGGUCCUGGGCGGGCCUGGGUGCCAGCCUCUUGCCUGCCCCUUGUUCAGCCUCUCCUUCCAGGCCUGUGUGUGAGGGAGGUCCUGGAAUCAAGGCUGCUUGAGCCGCUCCUGGGCUGGUCCAGGCUAUGGGACUGGGCAGCAGGAGGCAGAAGACUUUUUGUCUACUUUUUGUUUUUAGAAAAUAUGAGCUUCCCAUUCUGA